AUGGCCCCCAGAGGCUGCCAGUGGGACGCAGAGAUAAAUGGGGCCAAGUGCCUGCCCCCAGGGCCCCCGGACGGCCUCCUGCCGUCCACAGCCAUUGCCGAAAGACUCAGUGGGUCACCGAACGUGGGGGCUGGCAGUGCAGCAGGGGUCCGGCAGCCCGCCCCCGUGUUCGCCCUGCUAACUCCAGGGCUGCGGAGCCCCGGGGCCGCCUGGGACAGAUGGCGAAGGGGAUAUGGGGCAAAAGAGGCUGACCUCGGAGGACCAGGCGGCCUGACCGGCGAUCCUGGGCUCAAGGAAAAUCCCUGCACCCCGAAUUCUGUGCAGGUCCCCGGGAAGCAGGCCGGGGACUUCCCAGCCAGUCCUGCCGUCGGCUCAGAGCCAGUGCUGCGGAAGACGCCCAGCCCAGGAGCAGAGGCCCAAGUCGGUACCAGUCAAGGCUCCCCAGAGGAACAGAACCGAUCCUCUCCUCGGCUGUUGUGCACCGCUAUGAAACAGAAGAACAGUGGCCAGAACCUGGAAGAGGACGUGGGUCAAAAUGAACAGAAGACAGAUACUCCCUCUACAGAGAAGAUACUCCUGGACGAGAAGGCCAAGCUAGAAGAGCAGCUGAAGGAGACCGUGGAAAAAUAUAAGCGAGCUUUGGCAGAUACUGAGAAUUUGCGACAGAGGAGCCAAAAAUUGGUGGAAGAGGCAAAAUUAUACGGCAUCCAGGGCUUCUGUAAGGACCUGCUGGAGGUCGCAGACAUCUUGGAGAAGGCGACGCAGAGUGUCCCGAAGGAGGAGGUUAAAGACGACAACCCGCACCUGAAGAACCUGUAUGAGGGGCUCGUGAUGACGGAGCUCCAGAUCCAGAAGGUGUUCACGAAGCACGGCCUGCUCCGGCUGGACCCCGUGGGGGCCAAGUUUGACCCCUAUGAGCAUGAGGCCUUGUUCCACACGCCGGUGGAGGGGAAGGAGCCGGGCACGGUGGCGCUGGUCAGCAAAGUGGGUUACAAGCUACACGGGCGCACCCUGCGGCCCGCCCUGGUGGGGGUGGUGAAGGCGGCGUAGCGGCCGCCGCAGGGCUGCCCUGGGUCCUGUGAGAUCGUUUGCUGUAACUCCUGAAAGGUUGGCUCAUCUCUUCUCUACUUUUGACCCUUUCCCAAAUCUUGUUGGAAAACUGUAGUAACCAGCGGCUAAACAGAGAAUUCAGCCGGUUGCACAGAUGUGUGAAUGACCUCUAAUUCGGGAGUCUGUUCAUUGAUUUUUAAUACACCUUUAAUAGCCCCACAUGCUUACGGAACAGGCCAGCGGGACGCUACUGGAGCCUAGUGUCACGGAUGACACGAGCUCGAUCUGCUCACGGCCUGGCGAUGUCCACGUGUCGUAAGCCAAGUACGUGUCUUCAGGAACCACGCUGGCCACCCAGCUGCCCUGUGGCACACGCUGGCCCCUGUGCUCGGCCCGCUGCCUCCAUCCAGUGAAGGGAAGGCGAGGGUUUAAGCACGUUCCUGCUCGGAACAGUUCCACGAUGCCCUUGCUGGGGUACGUGGGUUCGUUUGCAGUUGGUUACCGUCUAGCUGCCGUGAGUGGCCUCCGGCUUUUCUCUGGAGACGGGAAGUGAGCACGAGCACCUGAACAGCCCUCACCACCUUAUUUUGCCGGUAACUGAAUUUGACAAAACCGGUCGCUUUUGCCCUGUUUCUUUCAUCUAUUUGUAGAAAUGUCCAGAUCUGUAUUAGCUAGUUACUGAUGGCCUGGAGGCUAUUUUCCCUAGUAAGGUGGACUUUCUCAGAAUCUGACAGCUGCAUGCUUGGUAUAUUUGAAAUGUUAAUGUUUAAUUUUUAAAUUUUAUU